GGACCCCUCCAAAAAGACAGCUGCUGAUUCCGGUGCCGGUGCCGGAGGCUCCCAAGCUGGGGAGCUAAAGAGGAAAAACUCCGGGAAGGGCGUCGCGCCUCCGGAGAAAAAAAAGAAGGGGACCGAGGGGAGGAAGGAUGCCCCCUUGGUGAUCCUUGAUGAACCCCCCUCCUUUCAGGCUUCGGAGUCCACCCCCCUGGAGGAUUUUGAAGAGGGGGCCUGGCCACAGGAAACCGUGCAGUUCUCCUUCAAGAAGGGGACUGCUAUUAUGCACGGCACCCUCGACCCGAGGGAGUUUCUGAGGGGUGCCACACCCCCACUGGAUCGGUCCACCCUCGGCCGGUUUGAUGACGAGGUCCUCGAAGCCAAGGCCCUCCAGGCCUCAGUUUCUGCCAGCCUGGCCUUCGGAGAAUAUGUCCGGAGGAUGGAACAGCUUCGCCUCCGGAAGGCGGAAGACGACGAGGCCCUUAAGAGGCUCGUAUCAAAGAACACCGAGGCCAUGAGGAAGAUGGCCGAGCUAGAGGAGGCCCUGAGGCAGGCGGGGAACAAGUUGGAGGCCGCCAAGGUGGAGGCUCGUGCUGACGGGAAGGCUGAAGCGGAGAAAGCCGCUGCCGAGGCCUCAAAGCAAGCAGCCGAGGAAGCCGAGAAGGCCAAGGCUGAGGCCGUGGCCAAGGCUAGAGAAGAUGGCAUUGCUUCCUUCAUUGCUGAGGGAUGGAAAGCCGAGGACCACAAGGAGUGGGUGGCCUCGGUCAUAGAACAAGGCGUCGAGGG